GAUUUCUGGGAGCAAUUGUAGGGUUAGUGGCCCCGCUCACGGGAACAACAUAUUUUUUAUUUCAGCCAUUUAAGAUCUCAAACUUUCCGUCAUGGACCGCCUCAACGCUCAAAGAAUUUAGCUGAAAUUACUACUAUCCAAAUUAUCGCGGCUGACGAUAGCCUAAUUCCUGCAAGUUUAAGUUAAUUUAAACAGAAACCAGCACACCAAGAAAUGAAACUUGACCAGCUCUCAUGGGAGUGUUCCUACAUUUUCGUUUUGUAACGUGUUGCCAGGCAAUUUAGAGACUGCAAUUUCGGUUUCGUUUCAGCUGGUUGGGGAGUCUUUCCACCUCGGUCCCAAUAGCAUAAUUUUGAGAUUAAGGAAGGAGAUGCCAAGGAAGAUGGCUUACAUGACUUACUGAAUAUCUUGUUAAGACGAGUGACUUACCGUGUUGUUGUUGUUUUAUUUACAGAUCGCUGUUAAAUAUCUGCGCCAUUUGUUUAUCAUGUACGAGGUGGAGAAAUCCAAUCUGAAGCGGUGCAGUGAAUAUGUUGUUCAGGUUUUACAACCGUCCUACGUCAGAAACUUCAUGACAGCUUACCUUGAUAGAGAGAUUGUAGAAAGGAUCCUCUCAGAGGAGACCAGGUCUGUGACAUCAGCAGUCCAGGUGUUUCUUGACCAGGUGUGUCUUUUAGAAGAAGAGGGGUGGUUCCAGGCCCUUCUAGACACCCUGCAGGCAGAAGGCUAUAAUGGAUUGUGUGAGGCCCUGGAGAAGUGGGACUUCGAAGCCCUGGAGAACACCAGGCCGCAUCGAGUCCUCCUGGACCGUAUCGAACCCUCCUUUACCAAAAAGAUCAGACCCAACGAACUCCUGGGGCACCUCCGGGGCUGCCUCCUACCCAGGGAGUGUGAGGAGAUCCAGGCAAUUAAUUCUCAGAAAGGGCAGAUUGCGGCAGCAGAGAGAUUGACUGAAUGUCUGAAGAGGAGUGAUAAACACAACUGGUUCAAACUGCUGAAGACGGCGUUGUACGACUGUGAGCAACACGCUGCACUGGAGCUGCUGGACCCCGAUACUGAGUCGUCAGGGUCAAAGACGGAGGAAGGCCACGAUGAAGAAAUGGACACUGAAACCAUGACAACCAUCUCCUUCCAGUACAGAGAGGAGUGUGAUGAUGAUGAUGAAGGGCUGCUUAAGAGCGGCAAUGACAUGACUCCCUCUGAAACCCUGUCCAUCCCUGCAGCAGGUGACCGAUCAGGGGUCAGCGUCACUGGAGCUCAGGAGCCGAUGAGGGACGGAGAGAAGGACAGGCAGGGAGAGAAGAAGCUGAGACACUACCAACGAGAGUUGGCGGAUCCUGUCUUCCAGGGACACAACACCAUAAUCUGUGCUCCUACAGGCUGUGGGAAGACGGUGGUUGCCUUGGAAAUCUGUGAGCAGCACCUGCAGGCCAAAGGGAAGGAGGCCAAGAUCGUCUUCAUGGCAACCAAGGUGGAUGUGUUUGACCAGCAGUAUAAACUCUUCAAGGAUCACUUUCUCCAGAAAGACCCUGACGUCAGAAUCGAAGGCUUCUGCGGUAACCAGGAAGACACACUUUCAAUGACUGUCAUCAUGGAGAACAAUGACAUCAUAAUCUUAACCCCUCAAAUCCUGGUGAAUGCGAUGACACAAGGGGAGGUCCCCUGUCUGUCCUGUUUCUCCCUGUUGAUUUUGGAUGAGUGCCACAACACCACAGGAAAACACCCCUAUAACAUGAUAAUGAGGUCCUACCUGGACGCCAAGCUGGACUCUGGCCAGAACCAACGACGCCUACCCCAGAUUGUGGGUCUGACUGCAUCGGUGGGAAUUGGCUCAUUCAAGAACCAAUCAGAAGCUGAGGACAAUAUCUGCCAGUUGUGUGGUAAUCUGGAUGCCCGUGUUAUCUCCACCGUACAAACACACAUCGACGACCUGAGGCACUAUGUACACACCCCCGAAAAAGAUUUCUACCUGGUACCAAAGAGGCAGGCAAACCCAUUCACCAGGAUUAUUUAUGACAUCAUGGCCAAGAUCGAAGGCCUGGCCAAGAGGGUCUACAACAUAGAGUCUUUGUCCUCUAUAGAGAACCGUGACUAUGGCAGUCAGAAGUAUGAACAGUGGAUUGUAGAUGUCCAGAAGAAGUGCAGGGUUCUCCAUUUGAAAGACCAGCAGGAAGAAAGCAGAGUCUGCCGGGCCCUUUUCAACUAUACGGAACACCUGAGGAAGUAUAAUGACGCACUGAUCAUAAAUGAAGAUGCGAGGACCAAGGAUGCUUUGGAGUACCUGUCAGCCUUCAUAGAGCAGGUGAAGAACGCCGGACAUGACGACACGGAGAGACAACUCACCACUUACUUUGAAGGUUAUCAGGGUUUACUGCGUAAUCUGUCCACCGGGGGGCAGAAGGAGAAUCCUAAACUAGCGGAGCUGCAGUUCAUCCUUGAAGAGCAGUACCGCCACAACGAAGAGACGAAAUCUGUCCUGUUUGUUAGGACCCGGGCCCUGGCGGACGCCCUGAGGAAAUGGAUAGAGGAAUCUGAUUCGCUGAAGUUCCUGAAACCAGGAGUCCUGAUUGGGAGGGGGCGCAAGUCCAGUCAACUUACUGGCUCAGGGAUGACACUGACAUCUAAAAAGGGGGUGUUGGACUCCUUUAAGAACUUGGACAAUCAGAGCAAGAUCCUAAUCGCUACCUCUGUUGCCGAUGAGGGCAUCGAUAUCCCACAAUGCAACCUGGUCCUGAUGUACGAAUACGUUGGCAACGUGGUUAAGAUGGUCCAAGUCCGAGGUCGUGGCAGGGCACAGGGGAGUAAAUGCCUCUUGAUCUCAGAUAAGAAGGAGAUGAUCGAUAAAGAAAAGCACAACAUGGAGAAAGAGAAGAUUGUAGAGAAGGCCGUGAAGAACCUACAGGCAGCCCCUGAAGACAUGCUGCAAAAGAUUGACAUAUUCCAGCGUCGGGACAAGAUCUUCCGUGACAUGGAGAAGUGCAUUGUGGAGAGACCCCGUACUGAGGGAAACUACGAGCUGCUCUGCUCCAAGUGUAAGAAACACGGCUGUUUCACAGAAGAUAUCAGGAAACUCCAGGAGUGUCACCACAUCGUGAUGGACAGGGGUUUCUUCACUCGAGCGAAGACCGAACCUCACCCUAAACCCAAAGGUUUUAAUGGCCUGAUUAAGACUAAGAAGCUGUUCUGUAAACACUGUGGGUUUGAUUGGGGCAUCGUGGCCUCCUACAACACCAUACCGGACCUGCCUGUCAUAAAGAUUGACAGCUUUGUGGUGAAGAACUGUGUCACAGGGCAACAGAGAUACUACAGGAAGUGGAAAGAGGUUGACUUCACCAUUAAAACUUUUGAUCUUUCUGAGAUCGUUACCAAUUGGAUACCAUUAGUACCCGAAGAACAGUAGGCUGUGAAUCACCUGGAGAGGAGACACUUUGAGAAGACCAAUGUAACUGGCUUAUCUCUUGGUCUGUCUGACUCAGAGUGAAGGCUGACAUUUGGCUAUGUUCAGGGGCAUAAGUCUCAGUUGCUCAAAUGAUAUUUCAGACACCACCGCCACAAUUUUGACAACAUUUUGGAUAAUAGUUGCCUUUUAUUUUAAUUUAAUUUUAAUGAUUGUUUACUUGUAUUCAGUGUGCCUGAAUAAUUAGGAUCCAGCUCCUCGUUGGUUCGCUCCAUGUUUAUUGUUUUUAUCUUUUAAGUCGUACUUGUUUUUGUCAAAUUUGUUUGGUUGUCUAUCUUAAGCUUUUAAAUUGAUGCCCAUAUUUUAAACACAUUAUUGACACUAUAUAAUGCAGAAAUAUGUUUUUAGAAAGUAUUAAAAAAAAAUGUACGAUUAUC